AGAACAAUGUGCUACACUCUAAUUCUUAAAGCUUCCAUUCUACUUUCAAGUUUGGUUCUUUCUGUAAUAAGCAAACCUUUGUUCAUGUUCAAUGCUGCAAAUCAACAAGCACUCUUCAAAGUUGAUCCAACAACUAGAAUACAACAUGUUUCAAGACCCUUUGACUCUUCUACACAGUUGAAGGGAGUGAAGAAGGUGAAGGAAUAUGAAGAAGCAUUGAGAGGAAUGAGUAGUAGGAUUGGUUCAAGACCACCAAGAUGUGAACACAGAUGUGGAGGAUGCAUUCCUUGUAACCCAAUUCAGAUUCCUACCAACAAACAUCUUAUUGGUGUUCAGUAUGCUAAUUAUGAGCCUGAGGGAUGGAAAUGCAAGUGUGGCACUUCUUUCUUCAACCCCUAA